UGUGUACUGGCAGGGCAGUUCAGCGCUGGCGCCAUGAUUUAUUGCUGGCAGUGGAACUAGGUGGAGCCGGAUUGUUGUGGAGAUCAGAAAGCUGAGAAAGAUGAAUGUCAUAGAUCAUGUCCGGGACAUGGCCGCGGCCGGCCUGCACUCUAAUGUCAGGUUACUGAGCAGUCUCUUACUGACCAUGAGUAACAACAACCCAGAAAUGUUUUCACCGUCCCAAAAGUACCAGUUGCUGGUGUAUCAUGCAGAUUCCCUGUUUCAUGACAAGGAAUAUAGAAAUGCUGUGAGCAAGUACACCAUGGCUCUCCAACAGAAAAAAUCCUUAACCAAAACUUCUAAAGUUAGACCGUCUACUGGAAACACUGCAACAACUCCACAAAAUCAGUUUUUGCCUUCAGAAAUUGAAGUAAAAUACAAGAUGGCUGAGUGUUACACCAUGUUGAAGCAGGACAAGGAUGCUAUAGCCAUUUUGGAUGGAAUCCCUUCACGCCAAAGAACACCAAAGAUUAAUAUGAUGUUGGCUAAUUUGUACAAGAAAGCAGGACAGGAGCGUUCAGCUGUGACAAGCUACAAGGAGGUGCUGAGACAGUGCCCAUUAGCACUUGAUGCUAUCAUAGGCUUAUUGUCGCUGUCUGUGAAAGGCGCAGAAGUGGCAUCCAUGACGCUCAAUGUCAUUCAGAGCAUUCCCAACCUGGAUUGGCUUUCUGCAUGGAUCAAAGCAUAUGCUUUCGUACACAGUGGAGAUAACACAAGGGCUAUUAAUACCAUCUGUUCUCUAGAAAAGAAAUCUUUACUUAGGGACAAUGUUGAUCUUCUUGGGAGCUUGGCAGAUCUCUAUUUCAGAGUGGGCGACAAUAAAAAUGCUAUCCUGAAAUUUGAACAGGCUCAGAUGCUGGACCCAUAUCUCAUCAAAGGAAUGGAUAUUUAUGGAUAUUUGCUGGCCAGAGAAGGGCGGCUGGAGGAUGUAGAGAAUCUUGGUUGCCGAUUGUUCAAUAUAUCUGAUCAACAUGCAGAGCCAUGGGUGGUGUCAGGCUGCCACAGUUUUUACACCAAAAGACAUUCCAGAGCUCUGUAUUUGGGAGCUAAAGCUAUUCAGUUAAACAGCAACAGUGUUCAAGCUUUGCUUCUGAAAGGGGCAGCUCUAAGAAACAUGGGGAGAGUGCAAGAAGCAAUCAUUCACUUUCGAGAAGCAAUCAGGCUAGCUCCUUGCCGCUUGGACUGCUGUGAAGGUCUAAUUGAAUGCUACCUGGCAUCCAAUAGCGUACGGGAAGCCAUGGUGAUGGCCAACAAUGUCUACAAAACCUUAGGAGCCAAUGCACAGACGUUAACUCUGCUGGCAACAGUGUGUCUGGAAGAUCCUGUAACCCAAGAGAAAGCAAAAACCCUUUUAGACAAGGCACUGUUACAAAGACCUGAUUAUAUAAAGGCAGUGGUGAAGAAAUCAGAACUGCUCAGUCGAGAACAGAAGUAUGAUGAAGGUAUUGCCCUUUUGAGGAAUACACUCGCCAACCAGAGUGACUGUGUCUUACAUCGCAUGUUGGGGGAUUUCUUGGUGGCUGUGAAUGAAUUUCAAGAAGCAAUGGAUCAGUAUAGCAUUGCCUUAAGCUUGGAUCCUAAUGAUCAGAAGUCCUUGGAAGGAAUGCAGAAAAUGGAGAAAGAGGAGAGUCCGACAGAUGCCACUCAGGAGGAAGAUGUGGAUGAUAUGGAAGGAAGUGGAGAAGAAGGCGACCUGGAGGGCAGUGACAGUGAAGCUGCUCAAUGGGCAGAUCAGGAGCAGUGGUUUGGAAUGCAGUGAUUUGGUGGAAAAGGAGCAAUGUUCGUUUAUGCCUCCGUUUUCACUGUGAACAAUUUUAGACUUCAAUAAUUCACGUAUCUGGAACAAGUGUUUACCUUGGUAAUUAUGUGGAGCUAAAUCACGGAAGCUUCAAAAACAGCCUUUUGGAAUAAAGUGCUCCGGCAGUGUUCUAUGUGACGUCUUGUAAAGGGUUAUUUAGAGCACUAUGGUACAGUGCAAUCGGCACACACAUUUGCUGAGCUGCUUUGCUUCCUUGCUGUAAUGAUUGGACAUGCUCUGUAAAGUCAAAUAUAUGGAACAUUUAUCAUUGCAAUCUCCAAAUUCCUGUAAAACAAUUUAAAACUUAGACCACUUAUGAGGCUCAUUGGACAAUACAAUUUCAAUAUCUAGAAUUCAAAUAAUUAGACCUGUUUCAGCUAUGUCUUCUACAUCUACAAUAGUGACCUGCUAGCUUGAUGUAGUGUGCUGUGCAGCAGAGGGCACCAUGAUCCACUGCUUGCUCAGCAAGCAGUCGGAUGGCUAAGGAUGAUUGAUUGAGAUUGACUUAAUAGCCCUGUGUGAUGUAACUUACAAUGAAGCAUUUUUAUACACAAACUAAUCAAGACGUUUCCCUUUUGUAGAAGCUAAAUAGAUGCAUGGAACAUGAAUUCCUCCAACCACACAAACAAAAUAUUAUAAAGUCAAUAGCCUUUGAUAUCCGUUUAGAAAUUGCUUGCCUGCACACUUGAUGCAUAUGUGUAUAUUUUUUUGUUUUAUCUUAUUAUAACCCUAUAUUAACCAUGUUAAUAUAUAUUUUUUUUCUUUUUGUGUAAAUUCUUACUUUCUUUUCUGUUGUAAAAUGUGUGCGUUCCAUGCAUUUGUUUAAUAUUCAUGUGGUAAAAUAUGAGUUUGUAUACAGAAUUUCCUCUGUUAGACCUGUACAAAGAGCAAUUGCAUUUCUAUUGAAUAAAAC